GAGGGGGGGAGGCUGAGGUGGGGGGAGACUACACUAAAUGUCAUCUUCAACAUCUUAAAUAAGAAGGAAACACAAAACUAGAAAUCUCCACACGUGACAGCGGCACGGCGCUAUAUGAGGAAAAAGGCAGCAAGCAUCAGGACCAGUCUGGAGUCAGCCACCGCUCAACCUCAGCAGCCAGCGCGCAAAACGCACACUCACUCGCCGGCUCUCGUUUUCCGUUUUAAAGAAAGCAACACAUGUGAGUUUUGUUUGUGCUGCGCUACAGGACGCGGACCGGACGAGCGCGAGUGAGGAACCGCAGGUAAACGGAAUCCAACGCUUUUCACAAGAGAAGAGAGGAAAGGAAAUCCCCCCUUUUCACCGCGACCACCUUUUUUCCUCCUCCUCGGACCUCUGUUCUCUUCUGGAGACACAAGUUUCUCACACAAAGAGGGAUGCUGCAUGUUCCCGAGCCGCACUUGCACUCAGAGGGAACCUAAAAGUGGACCGGAGCGGGAUAACACUUCAUUUGAUGCAAGCGCACCAAAGCGGACACUUUUAGUGACUGGAGGAUCAGCGCGCUUCAUAAAAUGAUCCCAAUCGGCGGCGUGAUAACAUGUCGCAUCCCGUCUGAUGUUUGACACAUUUGAGGAUCGACUAAAGAAACUGGAGGAGGACAUUACAAAGUCAGAGAAUUCAUCCCGAGCCCCGCUGGCACCUUUUUACUGGAGUCCGAACAACAGAUCGCCGUCCAGAUGCAGUUUCGACUCUUCUCCUUUGCCCUGAUCGUAUUGAACUGUAUGGAGUACAGCAACUGUCAGGCGCCGUCGCACCGCUGGAGGAGAAACAAAAGAGCUAGCUAUGGAGCGUACCCCAUCUGUAAAGGCUGCUCGGUGUGCUCCAGAGACAACGGCUGUGUAAACUGCCAGCCCAAACUCUUCCUGUUUUUACGGAGGGAGAGGAUGAGGCAGUACGGGGAGUGUCUUCACGACUGUCCAGCCGGAUACUACGGCAUGCGCAGCCCUGAACUCAACAUGUGCUCCAGGUGCAGGAUAGAGAACUGCGAGUCCUGCUUCAGCAAAGACUUCUGCACCAAGUGCAAGUCGGGCUUUUACCUACACAAAGGGCGCUGCUUUGAUAAGUGCCCCGAGGGCUUUGCCCCGCUGGAGGACACCAUGGAGUGCGGAGAGGGCUGCGAGGUGGGCCAGUGGAGCGAAUGGGGAGCCUGCACCAGGAGAAACAAAACCUGUGGCUAUAAGUGGGGUCUGGAGACCCGGACGCGGCACAUUGUAAAGAAACCACCCAAGGACACAAUACCCUGUCCCACCAUCGCUGAGUCCAGGAUGUGCAAAAUGGCCAUGCGGCACUGCAGGAGAGGUGGCUCGGGUAAGCACCGAUCCAAAGAACCAAAGAAGAAGAACAAGCAGAGGCUGCGGUUUCGGGCCCAGAACCAGCACAGCGACCACUUGGCCUCUGCACGCUCCAGCCAGUGAGGACUGAAACUACGGACUUCCCAUUGAACAAAGAACCAACGCAAAGCUGCUAGCCGCUGCUGCACCCAUAUUCUGACCGACGACUAUCACGAACCCCUCCACCUCCCUACCCCCCCUUCCCCAGCCCACCCGGACAAAACCAUGACUCACAAGUCCGUCACUACAAAAAUAUAUGUCUAACGUACGAUAUCAGUAUCAACACACUAAACACAUGCUUCAUGCCUCUGCCUCCCGCUGCUUCUCCCCCUGCUGCAGUGCGCCAGCCAGGUGACUCUGUUCUCUCAGCCCCACCCCUUGCCUUGCCUUGUGGACCUUUACAGUUGACAUUACUGAACUCAUUUCCUGUCAUUAACAAUGUCAUUAACCGUGCAGGGUGAUGGAAGAUGGAGGGGCAAACCAGAGACUGUGGAGGCGGGAGAGCCAGAUAGAGGGAGGUGGAUAGGAGAGGUAGUAAGGGAGUUGGCAAGCUAAACUGCU